GAGAUCGGCGGCCAAAUGUUGGCCAUUGGUGGAUCCGCAGCCGAUGCAAUGAUUGCCACAAUGCUUUGCGAGAGCGUAGUCAAGCCACAGGAUCAUGGACUCGGAGGUGGCUUUGUGGCCACCAUUUACACCAAGGAGACGGGAAUUAUUGAGACAUUGAUUUCACGUGAAACGGCACCGGCGGCGGCAACACGUGACAUGUUUGUCAACGAAACGACGGAUACGGGAGCUAUCUUCGCUGCUGUUCCCAGUUUUAUCUACGGUUGUUGGCGACUCCAUGAUAAAUACGGAAAAUUACCUUGGCACACGUUGCUUGAGCCCACAAUUGAGUUGUGUCGCAAUGGAAUUGUGGUGUCCAAAAGCUUAGCUGGCAACCUGGUCCGAUUUGAGGAAAUCAUUAUGAAGGAGAUCUCCUUGUCCGAGAUCUUUAUCAAUCCGGCCACACAAGCUAUCUACCAGGAAGGAGAAAUUAUGUUCCGACGCGUACUCGCCGACACCCUGGAAAUUAUCGCCAAGGAAGGCCCGGAGGUAAUCUAUCGGAGUGGACGCAUUGGACGUAUGCUUGUAGAAGAUAUCAAGGAAAUGGGUGGCAUCAUUACCGAAAAGGAUCUACAGGAUUAUGACGUGCGUUGGGAGGAGCCACUGCACAGUGUCUUAGCGAAUGGAUACAAUCUGUAUACAUCUCCCUUGCCCACGAGUGGAGCUUUGUUGAUCUUCAUGCUGAACGUGAUGAAGCCGCUUUAUACGUCGGAUCAUGAACUAUAUUGGCAUCGAUUGAUCGAAACCUUUAAACAUGCCUAUGGUCUUCGCUCCGAAUUAGCGGAUAUACAUUUUGAGCCCUCGAUUCAAAAGGCUUAUAAAAAUCUGCUUGAUCCCGAAUUUGCAGCGGAAGUGCGAAAACUAAUUUUGGAUAAUGCCACAUUUACGGAUCUAAAUUACUAUGGGGCAAAAUUUAGCAAUGUAGAGGAUCGUGGUACGGCGCAGAUUUCUGUACUUACACCGAAUGGAGAUGCCAUCUCCGUGACGAGUACGAUCAAUAAUUAUUUCGGCGCACAAGUGCGUUCCCGUCGAACUGGCAUAAUACUCAACGAUCAGAUGAAUGACUUCUCCACGCCGGGAAAAAACAGUGUUGAUAAUAUUCCACCCAGCCCAUCUAAUUUUAUUAAGCCCGGCAAGCGUCCUAUGUCCUCAUUUUGUCCGAGCAUUGUCCUCGACAACAACGGCAAUGUCAAGUUGAUAGUAGGUGCUGCUGGUGGCCCAAGGAUCACCACCUCAGUGGCUCAGACCAUUUUGCGCUACUUUGUGCUGCAGGAGUCCAUCGAGAGUGCGGUGAACAAGGGACGACUGCAUCAUCAGCUCUCUCCGAUGCACAUAGUGGUUGAACCGAAUGUUCCCAGGCAUACAACCGAAUACCUUCAGAAAAUUGGCCACAAACUUAAGUGGGUUUCAUCAGCCAACACCUCCGUCACAGCCAUCGCGAAUAUGGAUGGCAUACCGCAACCCGUUUUCGAUCAACGUCGUGGGGGCAGCACCGUCAUCACAAAUAUAGUCUUAAAACGCAGCUAGAUGCCAUAUAUUGAAUAAGAACAUA